AUGACGUCUAAGAAUACCUCGUUUGAUAGUAACCGAGGGGAAGAAUGUCAUGAACACUCUGGAGAUCAUACUACUCCGUCUCUUCAUGGUGAAUCAACACUUGAUUUGAUGGCGGACUUAUCUUUACGAGAAAGAGAAAAAAAAUUGAGUGCUUUAUAUUUGAAAAAUCGGCAGUCAGUUUUAGAAAAUUUUUUUAGUUGGACAAAUUUCGAUCAAGUUGAUCUUAUGAAAAUUCUUAUUCGUAACAUGUGUCACGAUCAGCAUGCACAAAUUGAUAUGUAUUUGAGGCCUAUAUUACAGCGAGAUUUCAUAGCCUUUUUACCAGAUCGAUUGGCAAGACAUGUUCUAUCAUUCCUUGAUGCACGUGGGUUGAAUGCGAGCGAAAAAGUUAGUCGAACAUGGAGACGUAUUAUUGCACAUGGAAGACUAUGGCGCCGACUAAUUGAAAGACAUAUUUCAACUGAUGCAGUCUGGAAAGGGCUUGUAAACAAACGUGGAUGGGAUAAAUAUUUCUUCGUGUCAAAAGAAAAAGCUCACACAUUAGUUCUCAAAGAACUAAAUUAUUCUUCAAACACGAUAGAACAGCUCAGAAACACAGCAGAGUCUCUUGAAAUUCAGCACAGAUUUUACAAAAACCUCUACCCCAAUUUAUAUCAAACUAUUGAAUCGCUGAAAUUUAAUUGGCAAAAUGGACGACAUGUGUUAUCUCGUAUCACUUGUCAUUCAGAGCCCAGUAGGGGAGUAUACUGUUUACAAUAUGACGACGAUAAAAUAAUAUCUGGUCUGCGGGAUCAUACUAUCAAAAUCUGGUUGAGAAAGGAUUUACAAUGUUCAAAAAUCUUGCGUGGACAUACUGGUUCUGUACUUUGCUUACAGUAUGAUGAUCGAGUUAUCAUUAGCGGUAGCAGUGAUCAUACAGUCAGAGUUUGGGAUGUAGAGACAGGAAAAUUAUUGCACACCUUAAUCCAUCAUGCUGAAGCGGUUUUACAUCUACGUUUCCAAAAUGGUAUGAUGGUCACCUGUUCUAAAGAUCGAUCAAUAGCAGUGUGGAAUAUGUUUUCUCCAGUAGAAAUUGUCGUACGUCGUGUGCUUCUGGCUCAUCGUGCAGCUGUUAAUGUUGUCGACUUUGAUAGUAAAUACAUCGUUUCAGCAUCUGGUGAUCGCACUAUUAAAACAUUCUUUGCUAAUUCAUCGCAGUUUGAAAUUUAUAAGGUUUGGAGUACUGACACAUGUGAAUUUGUGCGUACUAUGGUUGGUCAUAGACGAGGUAUCGCCUGUUUGCAGUAUCAUGAUCAGCUGGUUGUUUCUGGUUCAAGUGAUAAUACUAUAAGAUUAUGGAAUAUCGAAUUUGGUACGUGUUUGAGAGUUUUAGAGGGUCAUGAACAACUCGUACGUUGUAUUCGUUUUGAUGCUAAAAGAAUUGUGUCCGGCGCUUACGAUGGGAAAAUAAAAGUUUGGGAUCUUCAAGCAGCAUUAAAUCCACGUUGUCCGCCGGAUAGAAUAUGUUUAUUGACAUUAGUGGAACAUACGGGAAGAGUAUUUCGUUUACAGUUUGAUGAGUUUCAAAUUAUAUCGUCUUCUCAUGAUGAUACGAUACUCAUUUGGGACUUUCUCAACCCAGAGCAUUCUCCUUCGAGUGAUCAGUCUUCUGGGAAUAGUAUUGCAGCAAAUGCCGAUCUUCACCGGAAUUUAGAUGAUUCUGAUAAUGGUAUACCAUAA